AUGGUAGCGUCGGUCCAGGGCGACGACAGGCCCUCCGUGUAUUCACCUCUAACUAGUAACAUAUCACACGCCAGCGAUGCAGCACCACCAGCUGCUCCAAAUGAAAUGGGUAGAAACAGCGAUUCACGGCUCGGUGUGUUCGUCGUCUCGGACUCCUCCUCGAAGUUGUACUCGGAUGGCGUCUCCGUCCCAUACGCCGAGUCCAAAGUGGUUAACAAAACUUCAGAGAAUGAUGACGCAGAUGCGGACCUCGACCCCACUACGAUAUCAGGGCUCUGGUGUUGGAGCCGUUGCGCAGCACUUUUGAAAUGCAGAUCCGCACGCUACUGCUGCUGGUGCGGCGUGGCUACUGGCGGGUGCAUUUCUGUCAAUUAA